AUGUGGAAGUUGGAGGUGUUGGAUACGGCCGGUCAAGACGAAUUUGCAGCCAUGAGAGAGCACAACGUCCGAAGUGGCGAUGGAUUUCUACUAGUAUUCUCGCUGACAAAUCGAGACAGUUUUGAGUACCUCAAACGACUAUUAUACCAUUAUAUCGACAGAGUUAAGGACAGAGACUUCUUUCCAAUGAUUGUGGCUGAAAAUAAGUGCGAUUUGAAGGAAAAAGGUCAAGCAGCCUUUGCAUGUUCUGAAUAUUUUAUUGAGUAA